AUGGUACCAGUACCCCAAACAAUGAGCUUCGGCCUUGCAGAUGAUGCUGAUCAAGCUCGGUUUGCGACAUUUGCCAGUACACAAGCGAACACGGAGCAGGUUGCCGUCCCCGGAAUCUAUGGUGUAAGUGUUGACGAUGAGGCGCCCAUCUCAAUAUUCGUCCCCAAACAGAAUACAACCGCUCACAUCGACACUGACGCCGAAAUCUCAAGGGAGUCCGGGAACACUUUAGGCGAAUACUGCAUCGCUGGUUCAAUCGACCUCGAUCAUAUAACACAUUACAGCCUGAUAGAACUAGCCGAAAUCUAUUUCAGAGAGGGAACAAGCUCCUUCACGACGGAUUCACCUAUGUCUCGAGUAAAUCUGGGAGAGGGGAGUGAAGGGUGGACUCAGAGAGUUGGGACGGUCAGGAGAAUUAAGUGGAAAGCCAAUCAUACUAUGACUCAAAGUUCCAACCCAAAUAACAUCGGAUUUCGAUCUGUCAGCACCAUUCAGAAACAUGGGUUUCCUCUUUCAUCUGCCCGUUCUGUCCCCGACCCGGUGUGGGAAGGGUAUGUCAAAACCUUGACUCCUGUUGGCGACGAUGAUACAGUACGGGCACAUCUAUACUAG